UGGAGAGAAGAUAUUUUGUUUGCUUGAUUCCACAUGACAACUCCAGGGUAACUGAAUAGACCAUACGGUUGGUUUGACAAGGCUGUGCACCGAGCCAGCAGCCUCACAUACCAGAGACAGGGGGAUAGAAGGGGCACUGACAACUCUAAUGGAUUGUAUCAGAAUUUCUCUAAAGAGCGACAAUUGGCCUUCAAUUAUUAAUGUUUUUCAGAGGUUUCUCUUCUGAGAGCAUCUUUCACCCAGGGCAUCCAGAGCACUUCAUACAGUCAGUGUGUUGAGCAUGGCAACGUGGCUGUCAGACUGGGACCAAGGAAGUCUGGAAGCGUGCCCCAGAUUUAUUCUUCAUAGAAAGCUGAUCGCUAGUCCCCAGGAUUCUUUCUGCUCUGUCCUCAUCUGAGGAGCUGGUGCCCAUGGUGCAUGCAGAGGGCUGGCUGAGCAGCAGCCCACACAACCAUGCAUCAUCUCUUCAGGCUGGUUUUGGCACAGAAGGACCUCUCACGUGCAGGGGAUCUUUUCUCCUUAGAGGAUGCUGAAAUCGAAGGAAGCCUCUCAGAAGCUCUUGAGCAAAUAAGAAUCAUUAGUUCAUCUGUGGACUACCAGAGCAAUGCCAAUGACCAGGCUGUGGUGGAGAUCUGCAUCACUCGCAUCACCACUGCCAUCAGGGAGACGGCGUCCAUCGAGAAGCACGGCAAAGCCCUCGUGGCGCUCUGGGAGUCGUGUCUGGAGCACAACCUGAAGCCUUCUGGAAAAGAUGAGGACACACCACAUGCAAAAAUUGCCUCUGAUAUCACUAGCUGUAUCUUGCAGAACUACGAUCGGCCUCCAGUAAUGGCCUUGGCUGUUCCAGUGGCAGUGAGGUUCCUUCAGAGGGGCAAUAAGGAGCUGUGCAGAAACAUGUCAAGUUACCUAUCCUUGGCUGCAAUUGCUAAAGCAGAUCUGCUGGCUGAUCACACAGACACCAUUGUCAAAAGCGUCCUUCAAGGGAACUCGAUGCUGCUGCGUGUCCUGCCUGCUCUGUACGACAAGCAACCCCAACCCAUAAACCUCCGUCUGAGGGAGCUGGUGGCCCUGAUGGCUCAGCUGGAUCAAGCUGAACACCACCACCUCCUCAGGCUCCUCCAGAUCGUGGCUAGGAAAAGAGAACUUGGGGUGCUGAAGGAGUGUGUUCCGUUUCUGGUUGGACACUUGAGAGAGCCUAACCAUAGUGAUAUUAUUCUAAACAUCCUUACAGAAAUAUCCAGCUAUGAACCAACAGCCUUAGCUGCUUUUCUGCCCAUGCUGAAGGACGCUGGUGACAACUUUCCAAGUUUGAUUGGGCAGACAGCAAAGAUCUUUGGAGCUGUUGGACAUAUUGAUGAGGAGAGAGCGAGAACAUGCCUGACGUAUUUGGUGGACCAGCUGGCCAACAUGGAGCACUCGUUUCACCAUAUUCUCCUGCUGGAAAUUAAGAGUCUCACUGACACCUUCUCCAGUAUCUUGGGGAUCCAGAGCAGGGAUAUUUACCGCAUGAGCAACAGUUUCAGUGCCAUAGCCAAGCUCCUCACCCGGCAGCUGGAGAGCGACAGCACGUCAGGAGCCAGGAUGGAAAACGACCCUGAAACACAACCUGCUGUACCACUAGAUGGUUUAAAAUCUGCUGUGAAUGGAAACAAGGAAGAUGAAAAGCUUCAAGUUAAAAUACAGGCUUUUGAAGAGAAAAUAACUGUUGACAACACCACUCCGGGCUCAGUGAGAAGAUACAGUUUAGGCCAAGUUUCUAAAGAGGAGAGGAAGGAUAUGAGAUUUAACAGGUCCAAAAGCCUGGCUCUGCACGCUGUCCGCGUGAAAGGGGGCAACUCGGAGAGCGGACAGGAGGAAGACAACGGGGAGAUAACUGCUGGUAUCUCCUUCACCGAGAUCUACAUUAGCCAGGAAAAUGACAGACUGCCUUUUAGUGUUGAUACUGAAGCCAUGCAACUGGGAAAUUCCUCAGUCUCACCCCAAAACAUCGAUUACUUGGAAUCAGCAAGUUUGCCUGACUCUGCUACAGAAAAGGUCCUAGAAGGAGGCACAGGGGCAGAGAUGAGCCCUGUGGAAUGCCAGGACAAGCUCUACUUGCACUUGAAGGAAAACCUGGAUGAAGUGAAAGCAUAUGUCACAGAGAUUGGGAGGAAAAUUCCCAUCCCUGAUCAGUGUGUAAUUGAAGAUACUGUUACAAGUUGUGUAGCAAAGCUGUUCUUCAGCUGUCCCCUGAAGGGUCAUUACUGCCUGUACAGCAAAUCCAGUUUUACCCUCGUCAGCCAUCAGCCUCCACUGUGGAUCCACCUCAUGUUCCUCUUUCAGCAGAGCUUGUUUGCAGAACCUUUGUCCACACAGAGUAACUCUGUGCAAGUCCUUAAGGCCCUGUGGGAGAAGACACAGCUGAAGGGGACACACAGUUUUGAGGCUGCCAUGAUCCAGGCUACAUUUCCACACCAGAAGGACCUGGACCAUGUGCAGAUGCACCUGGAAGAAGUGAGGUUCUUUGAUUUGUUUGGCUACAGCGAGGAAGCUGGGGCUUGGCAGUGCUUCAUGUGCAAUAACCCCGAGAAGGCAACAGUGGUGAAUCAGGACGGCCAGCCUCUGAUUGAAGGCAAGCUGAAAGAGAAGCAAGUGCGGUGGAAGUUCAUCAAGAGGUGGAAGACUCGGUACUUCACCCUGGCCAGCAACCAGCUGCUCUUCCGGAAGGGAAAGUCUAAGGACGACCCCGAGGACUGUCCCAUCGAGCUCAGCAAGGUGCAGAGUGUCAAAGUGGUGGCAAAGAAGCGCAGGGACCGCAGCCUGCCCCGGGCCUUCGAGAUCUUCACCGACAGCAAGACCUACGUUUUCAAGGCCAAAGAUGAGAAGAAGGCUGAGGAGUGGCUUCAGUGCAUCAACGUGGCCGUGGCACAGGCCAGGGAGCGUGAGAGCCGCGAGGCCACCACCUACCUGUAGAGCCACUGGCACCCUCUGAGACCAUCCCACUGCCAUACCACGGACCUCUAAAAACCUCAUGGGCCACAAGAAGCUGUGGAGAAGACCGUUUGUGAGUAUGAGCCGGGGAAGGCUUUUGUGCAGCACCAGAGGCAUCAGUAACACAGUGAUGGAGCACUCCUUGCUUGGGAGCAGCUGCCAUGUGUGAAAGGCAGGACUUUUCCCUUCAGCCCAACAGCCUGCAAGCCAGGAGAGGUGAUUAGAGACAAACCUGGACUCCUGCCCUUGCUUCCAGGACACACAAGGUGUCAGUGUCUGCAGACACUGCUGAGACCACUCGAGUGCAUACAGACUUUCUGCUUUCCUCACUCGCUUUCUGUCUGUAAAAAGGCCAUUUGCCGCCUUAUUUCAUCUCAGUGUGCCUUAUUCUUUCACUGUUCAUAUGCAUCUGUAGAAAAAAAAAACCCAAAUUUGCUACUUCUUUCUUGAGCAGUUUGUAAGAUUUUGAGUAAGUUGAUACAUUUAACUGUUUGGAGUUACUUUUUCCUGCUUUUCCCCUUCUUUGUAACUGAAUGUAUUGUUUUAACAAUUAUCUUCCUUUCUUUUUUAAUUCCUUUCUCUGUUUUGUGACUUUCCAAAAUUCCCCCCAAAACCUGAAAAAUUCCCAGUUCAUUUGAUUGUCACGCUCAAACAAUUCCAAAGUGGAGGAAGCAUGGUAGAGAAGACUGAAAGGAAACGAGGAAAAGCAGACCAGAGGGAGGAAUGAAUGAAUGAAAAGUCUGCAAGUGAAGAAAACUGAACUCAGAGAUGGCUCAAGGCUGAGUAGAAAUAAAACCUGAAUUUAUCCCA